AGGCUGCAGGGCGGGGAGAGUGUGGCCCAGGCUGCCGGAGCGGACACCCAUCAUCCAGAGAGAGAGAGACACCCGGCUGUUGUUUUGGGACACGCGCUUCCUUUCUGGGAUUUCUUUUUCUGUUUUUUUUAUUUUUCUUUCCUUAAAACAAACUGCGGAGACCCGGGAGUUCACGCACAAACGGAGAGCCCUCAGACCGGUGCGAUGGAGGAUGGGAAGCCGGUGUGGGCGCCCCACCCAGCGGACGGCUUCCAGCUGGGAACUAUAGUGGACAUCGGCGCUGACAGCCUCACCAUCGAACCUCUCAAACAGAGGGGAAAGACGUUUUUGGCUGCUGUGAACCAAGUCUUCCCUGCAGAGGAUGAUGUCAACAAGCAUGUGGAGGAUAACUGUUCUUUGAUGUACUUGAAUGAAGCCACUCUGCUCAACAACGUUCGUGUGAGAUACAGCAAAGACAAAAUUUAUACGUUUGUAGCCAACAUCCUGAUCGCAGUGAACCCGUACUAUGACAUCCCAAAGCUUUACACGCCGGAGACCAUCAAGCAGUACCGGGGCCGGUCGCUGGGCACGCUGCCGCCGCACGUCUACGCCAUCGCCGAUAAGGCGUACAGGGACAUGAAGGUCCUGAAGAUGAGCCAGUCCAUCAUCGUCUCAGGGGAGUCUGGAGCCGGGAAGACCGAAAACACCAAGUUUGUGCUCAGAUACUUGACAACCUCCUAUGGAACAGGUCAGGACAUCGACGAGAGAAUAGUCGAAGCAAACCCGUUACUGGAGGCUUUUGGAAACGCAAAAACUGUCCGGAACAACAACAGCAGUCGCUUCGGAAAGUUUGUGGAGAUCCACUUCAAUGAGAAGAAUGCCGUCGUGGGCGGCUUCGUGUCGCACUACCUGCUGGAGAAGUCCAGGAUAUGCAGACAAAGCCCAGAGGAGAGAAACUACCACAUCUUCUACCGACUGUGUGCCGGCGCCUCCGAGGACAUCAGGCAGAAGUUCCACCUCAGCUCCCCGGACACGUUCAGGUACCUGAACAGAGGAUGCACUCGGUUCUUUGCUUCCAAAGAUACAGACAAACAGAUCCUGCAGAAUCGCAAGAGCUCGGAGCACACGAAGUCGGGCCCUCUGAAGGACCCGCUGCUGGACGACCACGGCGACUUCAACAGGAUGUCUGUGGCGAUGAAGAAGAUCGGCCUGGACGACACGGAGAAGCUGGACCUGUUCAGGGUGGUGGCCGGCGUGCUGCACCUGGGCAACAUCGACUUCGAGGAGGCUGGAAGCACAUCGGGUGGCUGCGCUAUCAAGAACCAGUCGAGCCAGACGCUGGAGUACUGCGCCGAGCUGCUGGGCCUGGAGGAGGAGGACCUGAGAGUCAGCCUCACCACCAGGGUCAUGCUCACGACAGCAGGGGGCGCCAAAGGAACAGUCAUCAAAGUGCCGCUCAAAGUGGAGCAGGCGAACAACGCUCGGGACGCCCUGGCAAAGGCCGUAUACAGCCGCCUGUUCGACCACGUGGUGACCAGGGUCAACCAGUGCUUCCCCUUCGACUCCUCCGCCAACUUCAUCGGCGUACUGGACAUCGCCGGCUUUGAGUACUUUGAACACAACAGCUUCGAGCAGUUCUGCAUCAACUACUGUAACGAGAAACUGCAGCAGUUCUUCAAUGAGCGCAUCCUGAAAGAGGAGCAAGAGCUGUACCAGAGGGAGGGGCUCGGAGUCAACGAGGUUCACUAUGUCGACAAUCAGGACUGCAUAGACCUGGUGGAGGCGAAGGUGAUCGGCAUCCUGGACAUCCUGGACGAAGAGAACAGACUACCUCAACCCAGCGACCAGCACUUUACCGACACUGUUCACAACAAACACAAGGACCACUUCCGCCUCACUGUUCCCAGGAAGUCUAAGCUGGCCGUCCACAGGAACGUGAGGGAUGAUGAAGGAUUUAUUAUCAGACACUUUGCAGGAGCCGUGUGCUACGAGACGACCAAGUUCGUGGAGAAGAACAACGACGCCCUGCACAUGUCUCUGGAGUGUCUGGUCAGUGAGUCCAAGGACCGCUUCGUCCGCGAACUCUUUGAAAACUCCAACAACAGCAAGGAUAUGAAGCAGAAGGCGGGAAAACUCGGCUUCAUCAGCGUCGGCAACAAGUUUAAGACCCAGCUGAAUAUCCUCCUGGAGAAGCUCCGCAGCACGGGCUCCAGUUUCGUCCGCUGCAUUAAGCCAAACCUGAAGAUGGUCAGCCACCAGUUUGAAGGAGCUCAGAUUCUCUCUCAGCUGCAGUGCUCCGGUAUGGUGUCGGUGCUGGACCUGAUGCAGGGCGGCUUCCCCUCCAGGGCUCCCUUCCACGAACUCUACAACAUGUACCAGAAGUACAUGCCCCCCAAACUCACCCGCCUCGACCCGCGUCUCUUCUGCAAGGCUUUAUUCAAAGCUCUGGGACUGAAUGAGAAUGACUACAAGUUUGGCCUGACCAGAGUGUUUUUCCGGCCCGGGAAGUUUGCAGAGUUUGACCAGAUUAUGAAGUCGGACCCGGACCACCUGGCAGAGCUGGUGAAGAAGGUCAACAAGUGGCUCAUCCACAGCCGCUGGAAGAAGGUCCAGUGGUGCGCGCUGUCCGUCAUCAAAUUGAAGAACAAGAUUUUGUACCGGACCGGCGCCUGUAUCAAAAUGCAGAAGACGGUCCGGAUGUGGCUGUGCAGGAAGAAGCACAAGCCUCGCAUCGACGGGCUAGUCAAGGUGCGCAACCUGAAGAAGAGGAUGGACCGCUUCACCGAGGUGGUGGCCGGGCUGAAGGAGGGCAAACAGGAGAUGAGCAGGCAGAUCCAGGAGCUGGAGGCCGCCGUCGAUACGCUGAUGAUCAAAAUCAAGAGCACCAUCAUGAGCAGGAUCGAGAUCGACCACGAGUACCAGGCCCUGGUGACCCGGUCGGAGCAGCUGCUGACCGCCAUGCAGAACAAAAAGAAGGAGGAGGAGGAGAGGGAGCGGCUCCGGCGCAUCGAGGAGGAGAUGGAGAGGGAGAAGAAGAGGAGGGAGGAGGAGGAGCAGCGGCGCAAGCAGGAGGAGGAGGACCGCCGACUGAAAGCAGAGAUGGAGCUGAAGAGAAAGCAGGAAGAGGAGGAGAGGAAGAAGAGGGAGGAGGAGGAGAGGAGGAUUCAGGUGGAGAUGGAGGUGCAGCUGCUGGCUGAGCGGGAGGAGGACGCGGCUCGGCAGGCCGUCCUGGAGCAGGAGAGGAGGGACCGGGAGCUGGCGCUGAGGAUCGCUCAGAGCGAGGCCGAGCUCAUUCCCGAGGAGGUGCAGAACGACUCCGGACUGCGCAGUAACGGCUCCUCAGUUCCAUCGUCCCCAGAGAGAGCAGCCGCUGCUGGAACCACGAAGCUCAAGAGCUUGACCAUGGAAGAAAUGGCGAAGGAAAUGACUGAACUUCUGGCUCGAGGUCAACAGGUCCAGGCCUCCAAGGCCGCCGCCGGGGCCAAGAAGUACGAGCUGAGCAAGUGGAAGUACGCCGAGCUGCGGGACGCCAUCAACACCUCAUGUGACAUCGAGCUGCUGGCGGCCUGCAGAGAGGAGUUCCACCGCCGGCUCAAAGUUUACCACGCCUGGAAGUCAAAGAACAAGAAGAGAAACACCGAGACGGAGCAGCGGGCCCCGAAAUGUGUCACCGACUACGAUCAUGCACCACCUGUGAAAAAAGCAUCCCAGCAGAACCCAGCCCCGCCCAUACCGGCCCGGCAGUACGAGGUGGCCAUGAACCGACAGCAGCGCUACUUCCGCAUCCCGUUCAUCCGGCCGGGGGACCAGUACAAAGACCCCCAGAACAAGAAGAAGGGCUGGUGGUACGCUCACUUCGACGGGCCCUGGAUCGCCAGGCAGAUGGAGCUGCAUCCCGAUAAACACCCCAUUCUGCUGGUGGCAGGAAAGGACGACAUGGAGAUGUGCGAGCUGAGUCUGGAGGAGACGGGCCUGUCCAGGAAGAGGGGCGCCGAGAUCCUUCCCCGGCAGUUCGAGGAGAUCUGGGAGCGCUGCGGCGGGAUCCAGUACCUCCGCAGCGCCAUCGAGAACCGGCAGGCGCGACCCACCUACGCCACGGCCAUGCUGCAGAGCAUGUUCAAGUGACGCGGCCCGCGGCUCCUCACUGCAAAACAAAGGGACAAAUGCACCAGCUACCUAACACAGAUGGCGUCCGAGCGCACUGCACCAGGUUCUGACUGGCAUUCAAGUGAACAGCGACUUUUGUUUUGGGUUUUUUGUUCUCAACUGUCCUUUUGGUUUUCUUCUGUUGCCGUUGUUGUUCUUGCAGGCUUUCAGUUCCUUCGAAGGGGGGCAGGGAUGCUUCGCGUUGAACCCUAUGCAGAAAAAUCAUACUAAAUUAUCACAUCUGGUUGUUUUUCUGUAACAUUUCUGCAAGUCUAACUACGAGGCCUUAACGCUACUUUAACAGGGUUUAUUAGCCAGAAGUAGGACUUUUUUUGUUCAAAGCUGCCUCCCUAAACAAGAAAACUUAAUUCCUUUUCUAAGUAUGCAUUCCUGAUUAUUACACUGAAGUCUCACCGGUGUGUCUCUUCCAUCUUUAACAGCUAGCUGGUGAUCCCUCUCUGACUUAAACCUGCUGUUUACAUCGUCUUCACGUGGUUCUUAAACAACACUUGCACAAGGAGCCGUCAAGGUGAUUCCUCCAGACUGCGCUCUAAAUUAAGUCAAAUAUUUGCUAAUACUUUUUUUUUAUUUUACCUUUUGUCUUUCCAGCCGAAUGUAACUUGAGACCUCGUUGAUUCUUUCAUGUCGUGAUUCCUCUUUUUCUUGUGUGUGAUUUAAUGUGUAAAGCUAAUGAGAAAAAGGUCUAAAAAACCUUUGAGAGUGAGACCAAACAUCGCUCUAACUUUGAACCCUCGUUGGGUUGUUUUUGUUUAGAUUUUUUUUUAUUUUUUUUUGGCCAGAGCAGUAAUUCAGCUCCGUGAUUAGUUUCUCUCUGCGUUCAUCAAGCAAAGCAGAAAAAUGUGAAAUGAUUAUGCAAAUGCUGAGAUGCAACUCCCCGCGGGCUGUUUGAGGCCAGAUCAGCGCUGCAAGAAAAAAGAAAAAUACAUUCAAACCAUAUUUAGUCUAAUCUGAUCUUUUUACACAAGGAAAUAUAAUUUGCCAAUGCAGUGAUUCCCAAGGCAGUUUCACGCUUUUCAGUGACGACGUCCUGAAAAUAUAAAUCACUCCAUCUGGCUGUUUAAAUUAAAAAUAUCAUUUGAUUGCAGAAAUGUUUUGGAUGUUUUCCUGCUGUGUGAGAAGCUGUCGAGCACGACGUUAACGCUGCACGAUGCACCGGUACGACACUGAAUAUUUUCUAUACAGCGACCUUUCCAACUGGAAUGUAGGAGUUUAUAUUUGAAAGAACUGUUUCUACUUCAGUGGCUCGGGUACGUGAGAUUGUCACGUGAAGCAAUAAAUCAAACUAAAGCUGAGAGAUGGGACGAGCCGCCUCCGACGGGUACAUCAAAGAUUUAAAGACAAUCUGCUGCGACGUUACACCUUCCUCUUUUCACCCGAGGUCGCCAAGUCUGUUCCUGAGCUUUCUUUUCCUUUUUACGCUCUUCUCUCCGCACAGCAAAAAAGGUCACUUAAGAUUGUCUGAAAGCAUGAAGAUCUGUCUUGCUGCAAAGUACCUGAUCCCCUUUUACAAAACGGCAUUAACAUGCAGGGAAGCAGGCUGUUCGAUGCGGUAAAAGAUGUCUGGACAUGUGGGCGAAGUAACUGCUGUUUAAACAUAUUACAACAACUAUAUAUUACUGCCGAAGUUUGUAGAAAUUCACUUUUCCAACUAGAUUUACACGAAUUCUACGCCAAAAUCUAGGUGUUUUUUAAUAUGCAAAUCACAACCUCUGAGCCUUAUUGGUCAGGUGUUUCAAGUUCAACUUUGACGAUUGUUUACUCUUCCGGAUCCCUGCAGAAGAACGAAAAAAAAGCUGCUGUAUCGCUCUCGUCAAAGCCACCAGACUCCAUUGAUAAAAACUGUAAUUUUACCUCGCAGAACGCAGAAGUUGCUCGUCUACCGCUGCCUGGGUCAGUCAGUUUGUUUGUGUUAUUGUGUGACGUUGUCGUUUUAAAGGGUUAAAAACACCAAAGUCACACAAUAACACAAACUAACUGAUCGAGGCGGCGGCAGGCCAGAGAAGUAAAAUGACUGAAAAAAUUUCUGUCAAGGGAGUGGCGUUUUUGUCGAGAGCGAUGAAGCAAGCAAGAAAUAUCUUACUCUUUCAACAACAACAAAAAAGAUCUAUCUCUGAACCAAAAAUACAAUAAUAGUUACUCUUUAAGCCUAGUUCAAGUUCCAAAUACACAGAGAGCUACAAAGUUUAAUACAUGCAGCCAUGACAUUCACGUAAACAAUUACAAGAAGCUUGGACAUAAAGAUGUCGACCGAAAUGGCUUCAGCAAACGUAUAGAAGCAGGUGAGACGAGGAAGUUUUCUUUUAACUUGUGCAUUGACUGUGUAUCAGACUGAAUAUCAAUGUGAAGUAACUCCAUGUUGUUAUCUAGUCCGAAAUUGUGUUGAAGCUACAGUUUGAAAAACCAAAUUGUUUUAACCUCGAUGCCCAGACAUCAGCGCUUAUACACUAUAAAAAUGAACAGCAGUGCUGCAGCUAAAGAGGUCAGACAGACAAAAUCGGAUCUUUUAACUGUAGAACUGAUUUGCUGCUGGUAUUGAGAGAUUUCAAACUGCUGAUAUCGCGCUCUCUCUCUCUGUGUUCUUUCACUUCUGACAGCUGCCAACAUGUGUGAACAGCUUUCACCGCUUCAUUCUGAUUUAAAAAAGGUGUAUUUUCUCACCUCCAGAUGAAACGACUUCAUUGACUUAGUGCUGGUUUUUCUUUAGUUUAGCCGUUUCCUGCUUUACUUGAUGGUACCUGUAACAUCAGAUCCCUGCAGUACAGCAAAUGAAGAAACAGCCAGCCCUCGUAAAGCUUCAGACAGAGUUACACAUUCGAGGAUUUCAACUGUUUUUUAAAGGGUGACUUGGGUAUUUUGCGCCUCAUCUGGACCUUUUUCUCUAUUUGUUUUUGCCACUGACAGACUCGGAUUGUUAUUACAAGUUUCUGGCAACAUUAUGGGAAGGAUCCCUACAGAAUAAACCUUUUUUUUUUUUGACUUAAGACCCUUUUUGUAAACCAGAAACAGAGGUUAUAAUCGCUCUCCUCAAAGCUACCAGACUCCAUUGAUUAAAAACAGUAAUUUUACCUCACAGAACACAGGAUUUAUUUGUCUACUGCUGUCUUGGCCGGUUAGUUAGUUUGUGUUAUUGUGUGACUUUGGUGUUUUUAACCCUUUAAAGCCACACAAUAACACAGGUAGCGGAAGACCACAGGUAUAAAAUAACUAUUUGUGUCAAGGGAGUCGAUCUAGGGACUGUUCCUGGUUAAACAAAAAGGAUCUCACGCUUUUACAAAAAAGGUCCAUCUCUGAACCGAAAAUACAGAAGUUACCCUUUAAACCUAAUUUGAGACCUACAAAGUUUAAUACAUGCAGCUUAGACAUAAAUAUCUCAUCCAAAAUGGCAUCAAGAAACAUACAGAAGCAGGUGAGACGAGCUGUUUUCCUAUCUGUUUAAAGGCUGAGUGUAAAGGGAUCACGAUUAAGACCUCCAGUGUUGGUUUCAGUACCAGAGUGAUGACCUUGAAAUAUGUCCUCAAAUGUACAAGAGGGUGUCAUCUGCAUCUGCUACGAUCUGUUUUCUCUCCCCACUCAUUACAAUCAUUCCUCGGGAAACACUGCCUUCUUGUCAUUUUUCUAACGCUGAUCUCUCUAACAGAUAAAUAAAUGCAUUCCAUGUUUCACUCA